CGUUCUCACUGAAAUAUGUGGCUGCGUCCCAGGAUCAGGGAGCUGCCAGGUCGUCAUCCUGGUGGUUUAGGACAUCGUCUCACUGACGGGUUCGUUUCCAGCGUUCGUUCUGCUGGUUUCUUGCCACUUCUUCCUCGUUCAGUUGUGUCCUGUCGAGACCUUUCCAGGUGCUCGACAGCCGAGGGCCAGCCUGUCGCGUGGUGGGUGCACACAUGUCUCGAUCCGGUCGUGUGCCUAGGAGCUCAGGCAUCCGGGCCUGGCCGAACAACCAGGGAACGAAUCGGGCAGCGGAUUUGGUGGCCGUGGCUUCCCGCUGGACGCCAAGCAGCCGUACCGAGGUUCUCGGUCGUGGGUCCGUCUCGGGCUCACAAUCAAACCCUUUUUGUCCCUUCCGUUUCCCAGGGCUCCAAGGUCCUCGUCGAUGCACGGGACAAGCUCGGUAUUCCCUGGCAGUAUUCCGAGAACGAAAAGCACGGGAUGCUCCUCAUGGCCUUCGAGAACAGCCCGGGGCUGCCCGUGGAGCCGGCCACCUUCCAGCUGUACGUCCCCGCCCUCAGCGCCCUGUGGAGGGACUCGGGCAUCAGAGAAGCCUUCAGCCGGAGGAGCGAGUUUCAACUGGGCGAGUCGGUGAAGUACUUUCUGGACAACUUGGACCGGAUCGGCCAGCUGAACUACUUUCCCAGUAAGCAAGACAUCCUGCUGGCGAGGAAGGCCACCAAGGGCAUCGUGGAGCAUGACUUUGUUAUUAAGAAAAUCCCCUUCAAGAUGGUGGACGUGGGCGGCCAGCGGUCCCAGCGCCAGAAGUGGUUCCAGUGCUUCGACGGGAUCACCUCGAUCCUGUUCAUGGUGUCCUCCAGCGAGUACGACCAGGUCCUCAUGGAGGACAGGCGCACCAACCGGCUGCAGGAGUCCAUGAACAUCUUCGAGACGAUCGUCAACAACAAGCUGUUCUUCAACGUCUCCAUCAUCCUGUUCCUGAACAAGAUGGACCUCCUGGUGGAGAAGGUGAAGACCGUGAGCAUCAAGAAGCACUUCCCGGACUUCCGGGGCGACCCGCACCGGCUGGAGGACGUCCAGCGCCACCUGGUGCAGUGCUUCGACCGGAAGCGGCGGAACCGGAGCAAGCCACUGUUCCACCACUUCACCACCGCCAUCGACACCGAGAACAUCCGCUUCGUGUUCCACGCGGUGAAGGACACCAUCCUGCAGGAGAACCUGAAGGACAUCAUGCUGCAGUGAGGCGCAGGCCGCGCCCGCCGCCCCCGAGGGCCGCAGGACACGGACACUGACUAGCUACUGAGCCCGGGCUGGCAAACUACUGAGAACCCCCCGGCAGGUGACCGAGCGUGCACGCUAGCGACCGACUCACCAGCGGGCCUCGCAGACGGCUCUCCUCUCUAACGCGCACGUCUUCAGUGAGGCCGACUAACCCGAAAGCUUUGCCUAGAAGUAGCUUGUAGGCGCCCGGUGCCACUGCCACCAAACGCAGAGCCCCGCCCCACCCCACCCCCGCCCCCCUGGGGGUCUCGGUGCCACCUCCCAAAGCGAACCAGUUGCCUUUGACAACUCCCGGGCCAUUUCCUGCGAGGCCCGGGCGGGCGCGUCAGAUGAAGCCCAGGGCCCCUCUGCGGGGGGCAGGAGCCCCCAGGCCGGGCCUGCCUUAACGCCCCCAACGGCCCGUUCUCCCCGCCUUGGCACGGCGGGGCGGGUGCGGGGACGGCGAAUGUCCGCGUGCUCACGGCGGCGCUGGUCCCUCCACCCCCGCGGCACCCUCUGCUGCCUGCAGGGGCGGCACUGAGCACGGCCUCGCGGAAGCCGCGGAGAGCUUCCUGCUGCUAGCUGGCCACUGCGCGGGCCGGUCACCAGCACAGCUCUGGCUGGCUCACAGCCGCUGGGCCCGCCCCCCACAGACAACCUCUCAGGAGCCGCAGCGCCCAGAGACACCUGUCCUUCACACUGCCACCACCCCGGUGCCUGGACAGCUGUGCCUGCUGUCGGCUGGGCCCUGCAGACUGCUCUCAUCUGCAGGGGGCUCUGGGCCGGCACAGCCGACACUCAGGUCGCUGGUCCAGUUCCUGCCGGGGCCUCGCUGUCUGUAAAAACACAGCGCGGUCCAUGCUGUGUCUCACUCUACUAAAAAGUCUGUCCCGCGUGCUUGGGGCUCGCCCCAGCACUGAGAAGGGAAGGCGUGUCCUCUGUAGCUGGCACCGGGGCGUCGCUGUGGCUCGAGCACGCGUCUUAGGCUCUUGUCCUCAGGUCACACUGCCCACUCCUUCGCAUUGCUCAGCUCAUUGUCCGCAAGCCAGGUAGCUUCGAUCUCGUGGCAGGUGCUGACCAGAAGAACGUGGAGGACAAGACCUGCUCUGAGUCACCCCUGGCGUCCCCUUGCUGUAACAAGGGGACCACGGGAAAUGCUCUCUGUGCUCAAGGCUGCACGGUGCUGUCCGCCAGGGUCUUAGCUCUUUUCUUGGCUGGAAAAAAGUUGCUGGUUUCGUACUGGUUCCUGUGGCUCUUCGCAAAUGACCGGCUGUGGCCCAGGGUCAGGCCGGCGAUGUGGCUUCAAGGGGAUAGGGCUCUCAGCGGGCCCCGUCAGGGCGGGCCCGAAACCGCAGUUCCCUCUGGCGGCGGUGGCAGUGCGGGGUGCCCUUGCCGUCACCGCGCUGGGCCUCAGCUUGGUCAGGUUCAGGCUGUCGCUUGGCAGCUCGGCGAGGUUCUGGUUCAGGUGGAGCCUGCUGCCGUCACCUUUGGUGGACCCGGUGGCUUUGAACCGCCUCCUGGCCCCGUCCGUGAGCGCCUUUCCCCGUUGACAGUGUGCUGUACUUGCUGGUUCACAUUCGUGUAAGUAACGAGAGACAGUGCCGAGCUGUCUGGGAGGCAGGCUGGGUGGCCCCGAGGCUGGGGCCCCCGACCAGCACGGCCCCCGGCCCCACACGGCUCUGCUGAGUGGCUUCUGCGGUUCGUGCUGGCUGGGGAGGGAGGUGACUUUGCAAGGCUGAGCUAAAACCAUUUACAGCUUUUCUUACACAUAGAUCGUAGUCAUUUGUCUUCAAAACCUUAGGCUUUUGUAAUUUUUUAUUCUAAUUUCACUGUUAUCCUUGAUUAUUGUCUUUUUUAUUGAGAUAUUGGAGAAGCAGGAGAUAGUUGUGCCUCAUCUAUUAUUGCAAAAAUGUAACAAUAAACUUCCUCAAAAUAAGA